AUGGAAGGUCGUGUGUAUAAAUUCGAUUAUUUACCUGAAGUUCCAGCAGAUAUUCGCGUUGUCGUUGGCAUAGAUUUUGGAACAACUUUCUCGGGUUUUGCAUAUGCAAAUGUUAGUUCUGGCGAAGUUAUUAGUAAUGAAGAUUGGCCUGGUAUAAAAGGUCCAAAGAAAUUACCAACUGUAUUACAAUAUGAUGAAAGUUUUAGCCAAGUUACAUUAUGGGGUUUUGAUGCUUUAGCUAGAGAACCUCCAAGACGUCGAAAGAAAGUUACAUCUACUGUAUCAAGGCCUAUAGAACUUUUCAAACUCCAUUUAGGAGAUAUUCCAGAAAAGCAAAAACCGAUAUUACCUUCAAAUAUUACAGCAGAGAAAGCUAUUACUGAUUAUCUUCAAGAAAUGGGUAUAAUUAAAGAAGAAGUUGAAAAAUGUUGGCCAGGAAUCGACUUUUUUAAAAUGGUGCGCUUAAUGAUCACAGUUCCCGCAGGAUUUACUGAAGAUACAAAGACAAUAAUGAGACAAUGCAUGUACAACGCUAAUUUAAUCAGUAUCUCUGGCACGCAAAGCCUAAAGUUUACCACCGAACCCGAAGCUGCAGCCGUACAUUGUAUGAAAGUAAUAAAGGAUCAUGGAUUGAAAAUUGGAGACAAAUAUUUGGUUGUUGAUUGUGGUGGCGGGACAGUAGAUUUGACAGUCCGAAAAUUGCUCGAAAAUAAUCAACUUGGAGAAGAUACUGAACGUUCUGGAGAUUUUUGUGGUAGCACCUAUGUGGAUAAAGAAUUCAUAAAGUACCUCAAAAAAAAGGUUGGGGAAAAUGCAAUUAAGAUGUUAAGUGAAAAACACUAUAGCCAACUUAGUUAUAUGGUCCAGCAAUUUUGUGAACGUGUCAAGACUCGGUUUACAGGAGUAGAAUCCGAAUUCCGACCAUAUAGUCUAGAGAUUGAAAAAAUAUGCCCAGCUUUAAAACAAUAUGUUAGUGGUAACGUUAGAGACGAACUAUCAGAAGAGGAGGAUUGGGAGAUUGAAUUUGAUUUUACAACCGUAAAGAGCUUUUUUGACCCGGUUAUCCGUAAAAUUCUUCAAUUAAUAAAUGAUCAAAUUAAUAAAAACGUUUGCUCAAUAAUAUUUUUGGUUGGAGGUUUUAGUGAAUCUAAAUAUCUUCAAAAAAGAGUCAGACAAAAAUUUUCAAAUUAUAAAGUUGCUGUUCCACCUCAUCCAAUGGCAGCAAUAGCACGCGGUGCAGUCGAGUAUGGAUUGGAUAUGGAUAAGAUUAAAACACGUGUAGUAAAAUGGACCUAUGGGAUUGAACUUUAUUCUGAAUUUGAUAAAGGUGAUCCUCUAUCUCGCAAAACUUCUGACGGACUAAUUAGUAAAUUUAAACCUAUGGCCAAAAGAGGUCUUCAAGUGGAAAUAAAUCAAAAGUUUUCCACUUUAGCAUGUCCACGUUAUCCGAAUCAAGAUUGUAUACUUUUUAAAUUUUUUUAUACUCCAAAUGAAACCGCAAAGUUUAUUGACGAACCUGGAAUGAAUAAACUAGGAGAAUUUCGUGUUGAGUUAUCAGACAAGCAUCUUGGCUUGAAUAGACCCGUAACUCUUACUUUAUGUUUUGGGGCAAUGGAAAUUAUUGCUGAAGCAAAGAAUGAAAUAAAUGGAAAGGUUUAUCGCACAACAUUUCAAUUAGAAUUAUCAGAGAUGAGUUCCAUGC